ACUAGCUGAGGACUGGGAGUAGUGGAACAGAGAAAGACUCAGACCUAGGGAAACUAUAAGAUAAAGAAGAAGAAAGAUAUCAAGAAGAAGACGUAUAUCAAGAAGUUUAGAAAACCAGAGUCUUUCUCCUCCCUUUCAGCUCCACUGGUGGAGUCAAGUUUUGAUUGAACUCACCGAAGGGGCUUGCUAUGAAAAGAACAUUUCUGCACCAUCAGUAAAUCAAGUGUAUAUUUUGAGUGAAAAUGUCUGAAUUGUGGUUAAUUUCGGUUCCUGGGGAUAAAACCAACCUGGCAGCGAUGGAUAGAAUGAAUACAGUGACUUCCAAGGCAAACCUGUCCAGCAAUGCUAAGUUUAUCAUACCAGAACUGAAGGUGGGGACUUUGGAUGCCCUUGUUGGACUCUCAGAUGAAUUGGGGAAACUCGAUACAUUUGCUGAAAGCUUGAUUAAGAAGAUUGCACAAUAUAUAGGGGAAGUCAUGGAUGAUUCAACUAACAAAGCCCAAGAAACUUUGCUGGCGAAUGGAGUGGACCUGAUCAGCUACUUAGCUCGCUUUGAGUGGGACAUGGCUAAGUAUCCCAUCAAGCAGUCACUGAAGAACAUAAUGGAAGUAUUAAUCAAGCAAAUGUCUCAGAUAGACACAGAUCUAAAAUCCAGAUCUUCCGCUUACAAUAACAUUAAAGGGAACCUGCAAAGCCUGGAGAGGAAAACUGUGGGCAACCUCUUGACGAGAACCUUAGCUGAUAUAGUGAAUAAAGAAGACUUUGUCCUGGACUCAGAAUAUCUGGUCACACUUCUUGUGGUUGUUCCAAAGUCAAAUUAUGGUGCAUGGCAAAAAACGUAUGAAUCGCUAUCUGAUAUGGUGGUUCCACGUUCGACCAAACUGAUUGCCGAGGAUGCAGAAGGAGGCCUCUACACUGUGACUUUAUUUAGAAAAGUAAUUGAUGACUUUAAAGCCAAGGCCCGGGAAAACAAAUUCAUCGUUCGGGAAUUUCUCUUUAAUGAAAAGGAACUUCAGUCAGAAAAAGAUGAAAUUGUUAAACUGGCGGCUGAUAAAAAACAGCAAUAUGGUCCCUUGCUGCGCUGGUUGAAAGUGAAUUUCAGCGAAGCUUUCAUUGCCUGGAUCCAUAUCAAAGCCCUGCGAGUAUUUGUGGAGUCCGUCCUUAGGUAUGGAUUGCCAGUGAACUUCCAGGCAGUGGUUCUGCAGCCCAACAAGAAGUCUAUGAAGAGAUUACGGGAUGUACUUAACGCCAUCUUUAGGCACCUGGAUGAAAGUGCAGCUGCAAACAUGAAGGAUAUUGGUAUGGAUAUUCCUGGUUUGCAGCUGAGCAGCCAAGAUUAUUAUCCCUACGUUUGCUUCAAGAUAGAUCUGACCAAUUUGGACUUUUAACUGCUACCCUUUCAU